UUCGAGAGGGAGAGCGGACUCUCUACUCUCUGACGUACCAGGGCAUUCGGGGGCUGUAACAAGCUGACAGCAUAAAUUGCAGGUGAUCAAAGGGUGAUAAGCUUUGUUGUGCAAAGUCCAUAUUUUGAGCUAAUUAAGCGUUAACUAUCUUUUACUAGGUUGCUAGGGUCCUGGGUUAACUCAAUCUUCUUAUUGAACUAGUGAGUGAUCGAAUUUGUGCAUUUGAGGUAGUGAAACGAGUAUUUUUUGGGUGUGGUUAACGUAAUUAGUUCUCAUAUAACUAAAGUCGUAGUGAUAAGUAUCAUUCUGAGUUGGUUGUUUCGCUGUAUUUUAUGAAAAAGUGAACACUUAGGCAGCAUCGGUUCUUUUCUGGACGUGUUUAACCUAACUUCUCACUGCCUUGAGUACAAUCAUGUCUGUAAUUAUACAUCAUCGGGAGCGGUAAAGCAGCUCUUGUUUCAUAGAUUUCGACCCGGAAACCUGAAUCUCUAUACAUUUCUUAGACGUACAGUCAGUGACUUAAUUAAUUAGAUUCAUGUCUUGCUCUAAGCACUUUUAACUUUUUUCUAAUUAAUACUUAAACCAACAACUCAGAUUAUAUUUCUACCAAUCCAUAUUUUGAAAGUUCACGUUAUCAGUUUAGUCAUGUGGUUUAUUUUUCAAUUCAAUAUGUGAUGAGUUAUAAAAUAACAUCAGUUUAGUGGAAGCUAACCGUGACCGAUGAAAUCACUACCCUCUGGCCCGAGUCGUAUAAGUAGGUGAAGGCUUUAAGUUAGGUCCUAUUGUGAGGGAAAAAUAGUGAUCGAACAGCCUAUUUGACAUGCUUGUAUUGUUUGUUUAAAUCUUCACAUUGAUGUUUAAGACUAUAAUAGGUUAGUCUCUUAUUGGCAUAUGUGCACCCUGCGCGGAUUGCCUCGACAUUGCAUUAAGUCACAAGCACUAUAAACGAAGGUAGAUAGUGGCUAGUAGUGGAAUUUAGGUCAUGCGUUUCGUCUUGUUUGGGACCCGUCAGUUGGAUGUACCUGGUGAUUAUUAGGACUAAGUAGCUAAGUGGAUAACGCGUUGUAGUUUAAAGCCGACGGUGCUGGGUCCGAGUCACGGGGUGAGCAUCAACUCUGGGAUGCAGAUAACCGUUUUACAUCCUUCUUUCACUUUCUUUGAUUUACUUAUAGGCAUGGAAAGACUUGAUUCUCUACUCUGUCGAUUAGAAAAAGUAACUAUUCUUCUUGAAGCAGCCGCCGUUAACAAUAUGUAUCGUACAUCGCCAAUUAAAAUAUCUUCGGAAAGUGGAAAUCCUUCAUCAGUCAAGGAAUUUCAUGAAAUAGUCACUGGCCCUUUAUCGGAAUACCUACUUAAUAGUUUUGAAAUUGGAGAUAUUGUUGGAAAUCACGCCUCCAUGGUUAAAAAAUGCUUUUUGAUGCAAGAAGAGAUAAUCAAAUUGGCAGCUGAAUGCUCAAAACCUUCUGACUCGGACCUAAAGCUUAUUAUAACACCAUUGGGAAAUCUAAUAGAAGAAGUUAUCAAAUUUAAGGAUAAUAAUCGAAGCAGUAAAUUUUUUAACCAUCUUUCAGCUGUGGCCGAGUCUGUGACAGCUCUAGGCUGGUUAAGUGAUACUCCUGCACCAUCGACAUACGUUAAAACCAUGCAAGAAGCAGGUGAAUUCUUUAUGAAUCGUAUUCUUAUGGAAUACAAAGACAACGACACAGUUCAUCGUGCUUGGAAAAAAUCUUUAAUGUCAGUUUGGACUGCACUACAAGUUUAUGUUAACAAACAUCAUACCACUGGUUUGGUUUGGAAUGCUCGUGGUAAACCAGCUGUAGCAUCAAAGCUGUCUAAGUCUUCACCUACUCGUGAAGUCAAUUCCAAUUGUUCUGCACCACCACCCCCUGUACUUACAACUGCUCAUUUAGCUGCAAUGUCAUUGCAAGCGGACGAUAAUUCACCACAGUCUGCUUUAUUCGCUGAUUUGAAUCGUGGAACAGCAGUGAUAUCUAAUCUGCGCAAAGUAACUGACGAUAUGAAAACGCAUAAAAACCCCAAACUUCGUGAAGGACCUAUUAUGCACACAACACGAGAUCAAAAGAACUCACCAUCGAGUAAUCCAACUGUCCGACCACCGUCUGAGAAAGGGUCGUCGGGGGCUGGAUGCUUGGAACUAAGGGGUAACAGAUGGAUUGUAGAAAAUUUCCAGUCUGCCGGUAAUUUACAAAUUGUUGCUACUGAAACAAAGCAAACAGUUUGCAUUCAUAAAUGUAAUGAAUGCACAGUUCAAAUUAAGGGGAAAAUUAAUUCAAUCAUGAUGGAUAAUUGUAAGAAAACUGGUGUGGUCUUUGAUCAUCUGAUUUCAUCUAUUGAUGUGGUAAAUUGUCAAAGUGUUAAAAUUCAGUGUCUUGGACAACUAUCAACUGUGAAUAUUGACAAGACAGAUGGAUGUCAAGUGUUUUUAAGUGAAGAAUCAAAGUAUGCUGACGUAAUCACAGCAAAAUCUUCAGAGAUCAAUAUCCUUAUACCUAAAGGAACUGAUGAUUUUGAAGAAUUCGCAGUCCCAGAACAGUUUAAAACAAACUUUACUGGAAAAGGAUUGAAAACAGUGUGUACUGAUUCCAGAUAAGAAAUGUUACUUUAAUGUUCCUCAUACACACAUGUCAACAAUCUUGAAAUUUUUCAUUUCAAACAGCCACCUUAUCUUGCUUCAUGUACCAGUACAACAUUUUUGUCCAACCGCAAUAAAGAAAAUGCUUUUUUGAUAGUGAUAUGAUGAUUUAAUUUGUUUGACUGUGUCAAUCUUUGACUGUCAAUAUCAGGCACUUGUUGUUAAAUCUCUUUUGAAAGUAUUUGCUUUUUUAUUGCUUGUUUAAAAAUAUACAUGUUAUGAUUUUUACAUCGGUCUGUGUAAUUCAUCAUCAUUAUUGUGUGAUUAGUCUGUUUAUUGUGCAAUGCGUUAAAAAUAAUAAUGACUUUGGUUAUGGUAAACUACAAAAACUGAUUUGAAAAUGUAAGAAAGGUUCACGUGAUAGUAUUGUUUUUUACACAGAAUAGGAUAUGAGCAAUGUACCUUUGAAAUAUGGUUUUCAU